AGUUUUUCGUUCGAAAAGGGGGGAGGAGAUUUUGUGUUUUCUUCUUUUUCUUUUUUUCUGAUUUCUAUUAAAUCAGAGGCGUUUUCAUAUCUGUCAAAUUGACCUUUUUAAUUGUUCCCUUUAAUUGUUCACAAUUAACCUUAAAUCAUGUUGGUUCUUGUUAUUGGAGAUACUCACAUUCCAUACCGGUGUCAUAAUCUUCCGAGUAAAUUUAAAAAAUUGUUAGUCCCUGGUCGUAUUCAUCAUAUCCUGUGUACUGGAAAUUUGGGUACCAAGGAAUUGUAUGAUUACCUGAAAACAUUGGCUUCAGAUGUACAUGUUGUUAGAGGUGAUUUUGAUGAUGUUGGUUUAAAUUAUCCGGAGCAAAAGGUUGUCAAUGUUGGUCAGUUUCGUAUUGGCCUUUGCCAUGGUCAUCAAGUAAUCCCUUGGUCCGAUGCUAAAAGUUUAGCCCUUUUACAAAGGCAACUUGAUGUUGACAUAUUAAUUACCGGACAUUCCCAUAAAUUUGAAGCCUAUGAACGUGAUGGGUGUUUUUAUAUUAAUCCUGGUUCAGCUACUGGAGCCUAUGGACCUCUUGAUAGUAAAGUUAUUCCAUCUUUCGUUCUAAUGGACAUUCAAUCGGCUACUGUGGUCAUUUACAUUUACCAAUUGAUUGAUGAUGAAGUUAAAGUGGAAAGAAUUGAAUAUAAAAAAUCUUAAAUUAAAUUUAAAAUUUUACUUCAACAAAUCAAAGAUGUUUUAUCACAAUCAAGAAAAUUUCCCAACUCUGAGCAAACAGGAAGAAAAGUCAACACAUACUCAAUUUCCAUCUCUUUUUUUGGCAAUCUCUGUAAAGUAAUUGAUUAUCGUUAAUAUAGGAACCAGAAGAAGAUUUAAUCUUCCAAUUCAAAUUACAGUAGGAAAUUAUCUUUACAAUUAAAAACAAAGUAAAGUAUUAAUUUUCAAAAGUA